GAGAGAGUUGGAGCUGCCGAUGUGGGAGCCCUGUGGAUUGUAGAUUUCUGAGGAAAACUGAAGGCUCCAACACUCUUUUAGGUGUGAUACCGCAGAAGUCCCAGAGCGUGGCCCUGCCUCAGAUCAGGGGGGAGUGAGGAUUGAGAGAGCAGGCCCAAGCUGCCUGUUAUAGUUUGUAGGGGUAUCCUAAAAAGGAUUUCAGGCUGUUAGGGCAGAGCCCAGAGCCUCUGAGCUCAGAGGUCUGAGGCCAGGGGUACCCUUCUACCAUAGAGAAAAUACCAUAGAUCUGAGGCCAGAGGCACCCUUCUACCAUGAGCCUUCACUGCCCAGGAUCCUCGGUAGAGAGUAGUCAUCUCCUCAAGUGGUGGAGCCUCCCCAGAGCACAGUGGGUAAGGUGGGGGUGGCACACCCUGGGUUCACUGGAAACUAGGUGCUGGAAGUCGACUUCCAGAGGAAAUUACCUGAGAAGUAACUUUAAGAUGCUACUGUCAAUCUAGCGCAGGUGGGAUGGGUCACCUCCAAAAGGUAUCUGCCCAUGGCUAUACUCUCCCAAACUUGGGGCACGGAGAAUGUUAGCCAUCAGACUGGCAGAGUGGAAGACAUGCACGGUGGUGAGUCUGUGUGGGGAGCCUGCCAUGAGUUUAGACGUGGCAUGGUGGCAGCGGGCUGUGUUGGACCAAGUAGGUGGUACCAUGAUUUCCUGGAAGCUAACAGAAAUGACUGGAGAUCAGGCCCAUCGAGGGGACUAUGGAGCAGGGGCCCGACCUUGUAGGGAAGCCAUAUCCAAAGACAGAGAAGCAAGGACCGUGCUCUGUGUAGAAGAGGGCUGUCCAGACAGAAGGUCGUUCCAGCAGACGUGAAGUCUGAAGCUGGAAGCUGGAACCAGGAUGGCUCAGAAGUGUUGAUUCUUUGAUGAAAUCUGAAUUCCCAAACACCUAUGACCCACAAGCCCCACCUCUGGGACUUACUCAGUGGCUUAAUUAAACUCCAGGGAUCCCAUCUCUGACAACAGAGCUAUCUGAGUCAUUGAGUGGCAGGAACGUGGGUACCAGUCAGGAAAAUGGAGAGCAUUCCUGUUUUCCCUGGUAGAGAUGUGGGGUGCACUACUCACCUGACUUCUGUAGUCAGGCCUUCUGGGGCAUCCCAGAGAGUCAUGGAGAAGUUGGCCUUUGUGUCUCUGCGAAUAUCUGUCUAGCAUCCCCACUGGCUGUGUUGGAGUGUGGUCCUUAUACCUCCUGUCCAUACUUACUGUGAGGGAGAGGGCAGCCUUCUUGUCUGCUUGGCUUUUUCACUCAGCACCUUAUGUGACAGUGGCCUUAACUCUACAGUCAGACCCAUCUGGGCACCCCCAGCUCAGCCAUGUCCCUGCUGCAGACAAAUCGCGUUCUUGUGACUCUGAGGGACACACCUCCCAGAUCCCAGGCUGUGACUCAUAGAAGAGCUUCUGUCCACAAAUGGACAGGUGAACCUGCAUCAUUCCACAGGACCUCUGACAUCCCAACAGUGGCUGGCAGGAGCAAGCAUCUGAGUCCCUCAUGGGGUGGUCCUCCCAGCCGGAGCCAGGGUCCACCCCCUUCAACCUCCAGGAGGCCACUCAUGCCCAAGAGAAUGCAGCUCACACAGGCAGGACAUUCCCCCGGACCAUCCAAAGGCAUGGUAGCCACCUUGAAAUUUCCAGAAAAUCCAUGUUGCAGACUCAUUCCAUUUUUCUUAAGCCUGGGCCAAUGAAGUGUUUCCAGGAUGGAGCCGACAGCCCAGGAACAGACAGAGAAAACCUUCCGCUAUGUCAUCAGAGCUCCCAGCAUCGAUGGCUUUGAUAUGAUGAACGUGGAUGUGAAGAUCGACACGUGCUGGGUGUUCCGAGAUGUGGAGGAGAGUGACCAGGAGCAGGGAUGCCUUCCAGAAGCAACCAGCAGCCCAGACUUGGACACGGGGCUGCUCAGGGAGCAGCUGGAAUCCUCAGAGUGGAAGCUGUUGGCCAUUGUGGACAAGCAUGUGAUGUCAGAGUCAGGGCUGAGGAGCAGGGUCGAGGAACUGGAGCUGUCAGAGAAGAAACUUCUCCUCAAGGUAGAACAGCUGCGUGCCCGCAUAGCCCAGGAAAGAAGCACCUCCCUCUACGCCCAGGAGCAGCUACAGGCACUGCAGAGGGAGCUGGUCAGCCAGGUGCGGGAGGCGAAGAGCGCGGCCAGACGGCAGCAGCGGCUGCAGGAGCGGCUGCAGCUCAAGGACGAGGCCCUGGCACGGCAGGCGGUGGCACUGGAGCGCUGUGGGCGGGCCCAGCGGUUGCAGCUGGGCCUGGUGCGGGAGCAAGAGCGCGUUCUGCGGGCGCAGGUGCAGCGGUUGGAGCGCGAUGUGUGGCGCCUGGGCCGUGCCGCGGGCCUCCUGCUGGCACAGCUGCAUGCUGCGGACCCGUUGCCCAGUGAGGGCAGCUCCCGGCAGCAGAUUCCCGCCGGUUACCUGGGAGCCUCCGAGGCCACAGAGCUGAGUGUCCUGCGGGCCAGGGCAGAACGAGCGGAGCGGGAAUGGGCGGAGGCGGUGCGCAGGCUGCGGGAGCACAGCGUCACCAAGCGGCAGCUGCGGGAGCAGCUGGAGGAACUGCGCUGCUGUGUGUAUGGGCUCACGCUGUCGGAGAUUGGCCUGCACAGCCAGGUGGAAGAGCUCGCCCAGCAAAACAGGCGCAUGCGAGACCAGCUGGGGCACGGUAGCCCGGGCGCUCUUGUCCAGCCCCACCUAGAUGGACAGAUUCUUCGGCUGCUGUGUAGCUGCCCCCCAGAACCAGGCAGCUGCCCCCCAGAACCAGGCAUGGAUGAGCGACUUUGCCCCUUGGCAGGAGUUUCAGAGAAUCUUCAAGCCACUGGAGCCCAGGAUUCCCUCCUACUGUUACCCACAUCCAUGUUCCAGCUCUGGGAGCCUGCUGGAGAACCGCAGCCCCUCCUGCCACCUCUGCUCUGGAAGCAUCUCCUACGAGAACUUCAGACCCAAGAAGAGAUGGACAGCAAGCCGUCCCCUGCCCCUGAGGUUGUGACACACCCUGACUGGCCUUGUGAUCUGGCAAGGAGCCACGUUGCCUCCUUCAUCCAGGAGUCUCCACUCAUUUCAAAUGGUUCAUUUCCCACAAAAGAGUCCAAGGAGCCCAGAGACAUGUGGAAGGAGAGAGGCAGGCCUCCAUCUGCAAGUGCAGAGAAGUGGGAGGUGAUGGGAGCUUUGGGUGUGAUAAAACCAGAGCUUGACGACAAGUCUCUGCUGGAUCCGGAAAACAGUGAGAAGCUGAUUGUGGACACCGAGGGCCAAGCCCCAGAGGGCAUACAGGAAGGGAGCAGGGCUUCAGAGACCCAAGUCAUGGCCCACUGUCCUUGGCCCUGGCUGGAAUGUCAAUGUCUCCUACUGACUCUGCAUGGGACAACCUCUAAGUCACAGGAAAGUCCUGGUCCCAUGAGAAAGAGAUGGGGUGUGGAAGGAUGUGGCUGGGAACACUUGGGAAAACUGUCACCAGAGAAGGAGGAAGAGGCUACCGGUGCUAGGGCCCAUGAUACGAGAGAUCCAGAGCCAAAUGGUAGCCAGUUUCCAGCAGGAAGGGGCAAAGAGGUCUGGAGGAUGACACAGGAUAAGCAGGGCCACCAGCUGUGCUUUGGAGACACUCACAUCCUGCAGAAGGAGUGGUCUGGGGAAGAAGAACAAGAGGAGAAGAUGCAGCUCAGAGCGGCAUCCAGCCCGGCUCCACUGGGUGUCUCUGAGCAGCUUGACUCCAAGCGCCAUGUGGGUCAGGAACAGAGACUACUAAUGGGUGAUCAGGAUUUUCUGGAGUUUCCCAAAUGGGCCCCAGCAGGUGGCCGCAGUGAAGGUCCUUGCCCCUCUCAGACUCUGACCACAGGACAGGGCAGGAGCACCCUCCAGCUAGACACACUGGAAAGGGAGGUGGGGGCCUGCUUCCAGCAGCUGGACAACCUGAAGUUUGUCUGUGGCGAUCCCCAGGAGAUGUCAGCAUUGAUGAGAAAGAGCCAGAGUGUCGCUUAUACAGGGAUGGACACUGAGGGGGCUGUGUGCCAUCAGCAGGCCUCAGCCAGCCAGGAUCUGAACACAAAAUCCAGCAGGAAUGGCGAGGGAGUGAGGCUGGAGGAGGGUGUGGCUCUGGGCACUGGAGAAGUUCUUUCAGGACCAGCUGAUGGGGAUAAAGCCAACCUGGUCCCUGCAGAGCUGAGUGGGAGCCCGCUCUCCCCAACGUGGUGUACCCGCAAAAGGGUGGGGAGCAGCUUCCUUCAGCUCCUUGACACCCCAAAGAAAGAGAGAAGUCAGGUUUUGCUUGAUAAUGCCAGGCUUCAGGGAGCCCAAGAAGGAUGUCACCAUGAAGGAUGCCAUUGUGAGAAAGAGCGGGCCAGAGAAGUGGCCAAGGCCCUGAGGCUGGAACAGGCAAACCUAUCGCUGCAGGAAGAGCUGGUCCACCUUAGGCAGGAACUGGACCAGUGUCUGCAGGCUGUGUCUGACCUGGAGGACUGUAAUGGGAAGAGUUACUGCAAGAUUUCCCAGCUGGAAGAGGAGAAUGAGAAACUGAAGGGGGACCUGGGCCGGCUGCACAAAGCCAUGUCCGAGAGUGUCAGGAAAGCCGGAAGCAGGAUGGAGCAUGUCACCCUGGAAAACAGGGAGCUCAGGGCUCUGAUCUCAGAGCUUGGAGUCAGUUACAAAGGGCUGAUAAAGGACACGAUGCUAGGGAUAGAAGACAUGCUCUGGGCUCUGCAGGGGGAAAACCAGCAUCUUGUAUGCAGGGUCCAAGGCCUGGAGCGGGAGGUCCUGCAGAUGAGCAGGGAUCCCAGGGAAGAAAAGUGGUAUCCCCAGGAAAACUUCAAGAUGCCAGGAGACAAGGGACACACAGAAGACAAAGAGGUCCAGGUGACUCUGCUUUCAGGACAACUGGUUACACGAGCCUGUGGGCCACCCUGGGAUGAGAAAUCAGGUGUGACGUGGGGACAGGCAGGACCUUCAUUAGAUUUGAAAGGUUCCAGAUGCGGGGCUGUUGCUAGUUUUGCCUCAUCAGUCUGUGGAGUCACUACAGGGCCUCAGGAAGCAAACGCCAAUGGGGCAAAGGGAGACAGAGCUCGGCUGCAGAAAGAACAGGAGACACCAUGGUGUUCCACGCAACAAGGACAGUCUCAGAGGUUCCUGAGCCGCAGCCUCCAGCUCCAGACCUCCAAGGCUGCUGUCCCUGAGGAAGACCCCCAACUGUGCAUACAGCGGCUCCACCACCAGGUGCGGACUCUACAGUGCCAGCUCAGGGACCAGGGCUGGGCUCUGCGGGAGUUGCAGGUGGCUCGGGAUGAGGCUGUGGGCCUCCAGGAUAAGCUCAAGGGCAAGCUUGAGGAGCUUCGGGCGCAGCAGCAUGAAGCGCUCCUGGCCAUGAGUCCUCUGAAGGCCAAGCUGGCUUCCAUGGUUCACAAAUGCCAGGAGAGGAACCGCCUCAUUGAGCAACUGCUGCAGGAGCUGCCAAGACAAGAGCCCAAGACCCACCUGCUCUUUGAGCUGGCGCAGAACAUGCUUGAUGAUGUGGCUCUGGCUGAGUAUACCGCCACCUUCCUGACCCCGGGAGCCCUAGAGACAGUCUGCCACCUGGAUGUGGGCUCCAAUGGGAAGACAGCCAGAGGAGGAGCUCAGGAGUACCUGCUUACUUCUGAAACAGACAGUAUCCUUCAAAGCCUGUGGGGUGUGGAGUCCUGGUCCCUUCCAGGGACUAAGUGGGCAUCUCAGACGGCUCCACCCAGUUCCCCAAAGGAAAGAAGACAGCACCAUCAGGCACAGCAUGCUGGCAAAGAUGAAUGGCUGUCCCAGGUGACCAAUGGAGCAGAGGUGGCUCUGUGAUUUACAGUCCUUUCAAGAGCUGAGUUACAAGCCGUGUCACCACCCUGUACCGGUCAUCAUGAGGGGAUGUGUCUCUCUACAUGAGGCUGGUGAGAGCCUCAGAAGUCCCCGGCAUUGGUGUGGAGCAAUGGCAGGACCCUGGGAUUUGGAGUUUCCUGACUGGCUGUGUCACUUGCACAAAUGGCUUAACUUUUUGAAUGUCUCCUUCUUAACCUGUUUGGGGAGUCUUUCUCCCAUGUAUGAUGGAUGGCAAGUCAUUCUGACACUUCAGGAUGGUGACUCUUGUAUUGGAGCAUCAUGGUGUUUGUGAGCCAUCUUUUGCUCACCUCCCUGAUGUCAUUCAGGACUUGCUGUCUUGAAGCACACACCAUAUUACUGAUGUCUCUUCUACCUGCAGUAGGUCAUGAGGCCUGCAGAGGAUGGUUAUAAAGUGACCUUGGUGAUGAUCUGGACAUCAUAGAGGUUCUACAGAGUCCCAGGCUGAAUGGAGGUCUCACCUGUACUGGGAAUUGUCUAGGGAGAGCCCCCCCCAGAUGCCAUCAGGCUCUCAAAGUAACAGACUCAGCGUCAAGCCGUGAACUCUACAGGGGAUCCAGAUACCUGCCUCUGCCCCUACCUUGCUGGUGACCCUUAGGCUAUCCCUUGACCUCGAAGGGCUUCAGGUCCUCAUCUGUGUAGUGGACACACCCACAUGCUUUCCAGUUCACUGGCAGCUGCAGCACCUCCCUGUUUGGCAUCAUGGCUCUGUCGCUCCUGGUUAUGAGCUCCUAUUGCUGGUUUCUCCUGAGGAGCAGGUUUUGACUCAUGGGAAAGGCUCCAGGUAGCCUCUCUGUUUCCAGAAGGAGGAAAGAGAACUGCUUAUCCAAACACAGGCCACUUCUAACAACUGUGUCCUCUAUUUGCCCCCUAGGUAGUCACAGCAUGCCAAGCCAGCAACCCAUACCAAUGCCUUGUCCCAUAUCUGUGUUCUUAUCCAGGGGCUUAGUUUCCUUGAAGGGGUGGGGUAUUUCCCUUUAAGGGUGAUGGGGCUGGCUGGUUCUGGCAGAUGGGUAUCCAACAGGACCUUUUGAGAUCUAAGUACUCCCAGAAGAUACAGGACCACCAAGAUUCUGCUUGGAUAGUCCUCCGGGAGCCAGCUUCCUAGCCUUGCUGCUGUGUUCAAGUGGAGGGUAGGAGAUGGGUAAUUCAGUAGGGAUUUCUUGGGCUUGUGAAGAACCUGGGGCUUUGGUCAGUGAGGGAGGAGUGAUAGACAACCUACGUGCUCAAACACAGAAUCUAGCCCACAGUAGACACACAGGCUACCCUUGGAGGGACUGAUCAAAACCCUGUCUUUGUGAGUUAUGUUUUUGAUUAGACUGAAGGUACAGAGUAUAAACUCAGUGUCGUGACCAUCUCAUCCCUCCAGUUCACUGCGCUGAGCACAUCCACACACUCAGUGCUGCGAAGCCAUUGCCUCUACCAUCUCCAGGGCUCUUUUGUCUUCUCAACUGAAACCCUAUGUCCAUUACACACUAGUUGCUCUUCCUCUUGGCCCAGACCCUGACAACCCCAACUCCAUGUCUCUCUUGUCUGAUUGCCCUAGGGACUUCAUAUAACAUGUGUCCUGUAACUAGCUUCUUGGUCUGUAUGACGUCUCCAGAGCUUGCCCAUGCUAAGUUAAUCAGCAGAAUGCCCCUUUAUAAAGCCAAUCCUGCUUGUAUUGGCCACAUUAUUUGUCCUCUCACAGAGCAGUGACACUGGGAUCUCUGCUAUCUUUUGAACGUGGGACUGAUGCUGCCAGGAAGGUGAGCACUCAGAUAUGCCGAUAUAUUUUAUUCCUGUGUGUGUGCGCACGCGCACAAGCUGACUUAACAUUUAAAGCCGAGAUAUUCCCUAGGAAGUUUCUGGAGAACAUCAAGGUUCUCCAGAAAGCUGUGGGAUCUGGUCACUUUGCUCCCCCAACUCCUUGUCUUCUUGGCCACCAUGGGAGCUGUGUGAGGCUGCUCUGCUGUCUUCCAAUGGCAAACACCUGUCCGGGUGCCUUGGGAAUAGACUAUUCUCCUCAACCCACUCCAAAGGCCAGCUGGCCGCCACCUUGCCGUGAUUCAGUGACCGUCUCUCAGCACUGCACGUUACAGUGGCAGUGCAGAUAUCAGAAAGGAUCAGAGCCUCAGCCUAUCUAUUCCCCAGGCAGGGAGUGAUGCCAUAUGCUCCCUGGGAUAGACUGGGCCCCAUACUGCCCAUCCCCACCUCAGGGCAAAGCCCUGAGCUAUUUAAGUCCCAAUUCGGUCUGUCUCAUGGAGGAACACUGGAGGGAGAGCCCUUUCUCUGGCAGCCUGGAGGAGCUAAGACAGAGGGCGAAGUGUGUUUGGAAGGUGCUGAUAACUCAGGCCAGUCCUGGAGGCUGAGUGUGCAUGGAGCAGGACUCCUUCCCUGUGCUGUAAAGUGGAAAAGGAGGCUUGCACAACCUAGGACCGUUCCCAGGACUCACGAGGCCUAUGGGAAGUUAACUUGGCAUAUACCAGGUACUCCCUAAUUGUUGCUUCCCAGUCAGUGGGGUCACUUCUGAGGUCUCCCAUCACUUUCCCCGAAAAAGCCAAGAUGUCUAGGGAACACCCUGGCUUUCGAUGUGCCUGCCUGAUUUGAACCAGCCUGUAGUGGUCAUCCUCUGGGCCAUCUGCAUAGUCUUCCCAGUACCAGGAGGAUAGACUUAGAAGGUAUCUGUUUUAUAGUUCAAGAUCAGCAAAGCCUGUGCUUGGCGUGGUGGCACUCAUUUUUAUCCUGGCAUUUGAGAGCUAUCAAAUAGAUAGAGGCAGGUAGAUCUCUGUGUGUUUGAAGUAAGUCCCAGGCCAUCCAGGGCUAUACUGUGAGGUCCUCUUUCUAUAAUACAAUUCUCCAAAUACUUCUUCCACAAGGAGGGGCCUUUAGUUCCUGUUGGCUCACUCCGGAACUCACAGGCAUGUGACACCGUGACGUAAUGCUUUCCAGAUCUUAUUUAUUGAUUCAACCAACGGCAUUGACUAAGAGCCAGGCUAGCCCCUGCAGCAGGAGCCCACUGUGGCCAGCUGUCAGUGGCUCUGCUACAUGCUCCAUUUGAAUAGUCCUUCUCCAUGACUUUGCCUUCAAGGGGCAUCCAUGGGCUGGAUGGGGGGCUUCUUGUCUUCCUGGGCCAAGUUCUAGGUGGUCUGUUGUCCUGGGGUCCCACUGGUCUCCCCUCCCACUCAACACUGAUGCUGUUGCUUCUUCUUUUCCAAAGCCUGGAUGGAGACAUAUGAAACAUCCUCUAACUUGAGGCACCCCUGGACCACACAUGGGGGAUCCUUUGAGGUCAGACUUGGACCCAGCAGAGCCUAGCCUCUUCCCCUUUGGGCUUUGGAUGAGAUAGGACACAGAUGGAAAAGGCUCUUGUCAACAUACAUUCUGUAGGAAAAGACCAGAUUGGUGCUGUUUGACUUUCAUGUGCUAGCUAGAAGACAGAGACCACCUGGCAUAGGAGGGGCGGAAAGGAUUUAAAGCCAGAGCCACAAGGCUGCAGGGAGCAGUCUGAAGCUCUGACAGUGAAGACACCCCCCUAGCCCAUUUUUUCACCUGCCAGUCUGAGCCCUAACACAGCCAUCCACACCAGCAUCUGCCAGGGGCACCAGUGAACAGGCUGGGUAGGGAAGUGCUUUGCAGACCUGAGCACAGUAAAGGUGCUUUGCUCAGGCUAAUACUUUGGUGUGCGUGUAUAGCAUACCUACUGUGUGCCCUGUGACCUAUGUGACCUGUCUGCCUUGAGAUGAUUUGGAAAAUGUCCCUGGACUGAGAAGGAUUGCCUGUCAGAUGGCUGUACUACACAUUCAUAGAUCAUGACUAACAACAGCCAGGGAGUUGGCAUGGCAACGUUUUCCCCUGAACUGUGAGGCAGUAUGCUUAAAAUAGGUACGCUGGAGGUGUGGCAGCCGCCGCCGAGACGGAUAGCUCUGCAGCCUGAACUGGGUGGUAAGCUCAGGGUGGCCAUGUCCUUGUCCGUCCCCAGCAGGUCAGCAGUGCAGGCACUGAGAUGGCCGACCCAGGAGCAUCCACUGUGGAAUCUGGAGAAAGACUGGGGUUCACUGUGUAAACCCGUUUCCUUCGUGAAGCCCGGAAAACUUAAAGUGGGACAUACUUAGCCAAGGGGCCCCAGAUGGGCCUGAACUCGGUUCUGAUCUCUUGUGGACUACUGCCCAGCAGUGCCAUGGUGCAGCUGCUUCCGAUUGAGGAUGCGGCUCAUUUUCUUGUGGGUUUCAAUGUGAAUGGCAUCAUUUAACACUGAGGCUGAGUUCGAGUCCUCCUUUUCUGUGGAAUUCGUGUGUAGGAUCCUCCUUGGGAAGUCCGGAGUCCUGGAAUAGCUUGGAACUCUUGUCUUAUGGCUAGACUUAUGUGGGCGGGGUUUGACUCGGCCUCUCCCUACUUCUCCAAUGUUCAGACCAGCAGAACUGAUCAGAAGCUCAUGAACAUGGGGCUGAAGAUGCAAGCUCGGCUGGUAGAAAGUUUGGCUGGCACAUGUGAGGCCCACCUGUCACCAUAUACCCUGCAUGUGUUGAUGAACUACUGUGAUCCCAGUGUUCCAGGGGUGGAGCAGGAGGAUCAGGAGUUCAACUUACCUUCAGCUACAUAGCAAGUUUGAAGCUUCCCUGAGAUCUACAGAUACUCAAGAACAAAACACAACAAACCAUGAAUUGAGCAGGGUGUGUUGUUACACGCCUCUUAUCCUUGCAUCUAGCACUCCGGAGGUGAGGAUAGGAAGAUCCAGAGUUCAGGGCUAGCCUGGGCUGUGUGAAAUUGUCUGAUAAAAAUGUUCCUGAACCAUCUGUGAUGAGAUUCAUCUGUGAGUCUGGUUCAUCAUCACUGCAGAGGAUGGGGACCCAGGUGUCACACAAGAGUGCCCUGCACUCCUUUUGCUCCGCAGGUGAUUGAAUGAGGUUAAUAAUUUCAGGGACUGUUUCUCCUAUAAGCUCUGAGCUGCCUGAAAGAGACUCAUGGCUUGUGCUUGUUUCCAAGUGGAGGGGCUAGAAGAUGAGACUUUCCUCCUUCCCUCCCUUCCUUCUUCAUCCUAUCCUUCCUUCCUCUUUCC